CCCGAAGGACCGGCGCUCGCUGCGCGGAUCCCAUUUCCAGGACGCUUUCCCGUUAAGCUGCUGGUUGCGGUGUUGGUUGCGUCGGGGGCCCCCGCUGCCUCCGUCUGUCAGAAUGCUGCCUUUAGCUCAGGGGCUCCUUAAAUUCAGCCACUGCCAGCGGGACGUAUUCUGCAGCCGCGUGCCCCCUCUCUGCCCCAUCUGUGGGCAAAGCGUCGUCGCCUCGUGGCGGCUGGAGGAGGCCCCGGUGCACGUUCCCUGCCCGUUUGUGAACGGACACCGGGAAAAGUGCAGCUUCCUGGUGAAGCCGACAAGAGGCGAGUUCCUGGGGGACUACGACGGAGACUCGGAUCUUCACGUCGGGAUAACGGAUACUUCCGGUGUUGUGUAUCAUUACAAUGAGACGGGUGUUCGCGGCGACACGCUGGGCUGGGAGCAGUGUGUGAGCGUGCCGCUGGUGCCGCCAGAUAACUACGCGCUCAUCGACCAAUGGGACGGCUACCUAACGGAACACGCCGCUUCGGAGCAAUGGCUGCCGCACAGAUACAGCGAGCGAGAUCACAACUGCUGCUCCUUCGCUCUGAGAUUCAUCAACCGGAUCCUGAGUCUCCUGGAGAAGCCGCCGCUCAGCACGACCCAAUUCACCGAGCGCUUCGUGCUGCCGCGGACCAGGCGGGCGUCGAAAUACCUCAGCGUGUGCCGGGAGGUCUCCCAACACGGCUUCUACGCCGUGCACAGAGAGGACAGAUAGUGAAUGUAAAUCGCGUAACGCGCC